AUGGCUUCGUCCAUGAUCCUUCGCUCCACGCUACCCAGAACCUUUGCUUCCGCAACUGGACGUAAUUCCCUGCGAUCCGCGUUGCAAGGUAGAACCUUAUUCCUCAUACGUGGAUCAAGCUUACCUGCGUUUGAAAGUGAGAGCGGCAAGCUCGACUACGCAGUAUGUACCAGGCGGACGUACGGCUUAGGAACUCUGUUUGAUACCAGGAAAACUCACUCAUGUUCCACAGCUAUCUUGAAGGGCACGGUCAACGAUCCUACGGAGUUCCCUCCUCCAUCAAGAACGCAUGGCUCGUAUCACUGGGCAUUUGAACGCGUUCUUGCUGCCUCCCUUGUUCCCAUGACCGCAGCCGCUUUUGUGACCUCUGGGUCAUCUUACCCCGUCUUCGAUGGACUGCUUGGUCUCAGCUUGGUGAUGCACUCUCAUAUUGGGUUUGACUCGAUGAUUGUGGACUAUGUGCACAAACGCAAAUUCCCUGUCCUUAGCCCUAUCCUGACCUGGACACUGAGAUCGGCCACGGUCGGUGUGCUCGUUGGCGUCUAUCAGUUCAACACAAACGACAUUGGCUUGACGGAGUUGAUUGCGAAGGUCUGGACAGCAUAA